AUGUCGGGAAAUGACGUCGAGAUUGCCGCCUCGAAAUUGGGGACCAAAGAAUUGUUAGUUUUUUUUGAGGAAAUAUUUAGGAAUUCGAAAAAUUCCUUACAGUUGGGAUGAGCGAUACGAGGUCGAAUUGAAGAAUUUCGAGGAAUUUGGCGACGAAGGCGAGAUUUGGUUUGGCCAAUCCGCCGAGAAACGGUGAAAAUAUGUUUCGGAAUGAAUGUCAAUUUUUUUUGUUGAGAAACUUCGAGUUUGACUAGAAAUAGCUUCUAGGAAUUUUUCUAAAAAUAAUAUUUUGCUUCAAAAUGUUGAACUUUAGUCGAAAAAAUGAAUACUUAAGCGCUUUUUUUCGGGGUUUUUCAUCGUCCUGAACAUUUCCACGUAAGAUUUUCUUUAAAAAAAAACAUUUCACAGAAUUUAACAGUUAAAAAAUUUUUUAUACGCGCCUAAAUAUACACGGACAAACGGCUCCUAAAAGUGCGCGACAGUUGCGCUAAGCCACGCCCACUAGCCACUUUCUUCAUGCCGUGUUCAAAAUAAUUUCGGCGGUUUUAAAAUUAGACGCCUUAUUCGUUUAAAAUUAUUUCGGGAAAUAGGCAGAAUAUGUAUUUGAAAAUUCCGUAGAAAAUGCCCAAAUAAAUCCAAAAGUUUGAGUUCCCGCGUAGAAUUUACGGUAAAAAUGCAUAUCUAACGAUAUAUCGUUGUAGGACUCAUUUUUUCCCCUUCCCCAAAUGCCAAUUCUGCCUAUGUCCCGAAGCCAUUUUGAACGAAUAACGCGUCAAUUUUUAAAUCGCCGAAAUUACUUUUAACAAGGCAUCAGCCUUUCUAAACUGCUUUGAUCAGUCCUGAAGUUCAGGAUAGUCGAUCAUUUGGGGAAAUCGAAGACGCCGAAAAAUUCGAAAAUUGUCGACAUUGGCUGUGGAAAUGGUUCAGUUCUGCGGAGACUGGUAAGCGGGGCUGAAAUUUUUUUUUUCGAACUUUAUCCAUAUGCGCACUACAAAAUGAAGUUGAUUCAUUGGUUAUUAAAAAGGAAAUUUCUUCUCAAAACCUUUUCCAGAAGGAAAAAGGGUUCACGGAUCUGAUCGGGGUCGAUUAUUGCGAGGCGGCUGUCAGAUUAGCCGAGCAGUCUUCGAGGGAAGACGACGGAUUUCCUCCAGAAAUCGAGAUCCGAUUUGAAGUUGACCCCUUGCUCCAGCUCAGAGUAGACGGAGUUUCAGCAACUCGACAUUUUGGCCCCUCAAAGGCCGUUCUUCGACGGUAGUUUCAGUAUCGUUCUCGAUAAAGGGACCUGGGAUGCGAUCAGUCUAGCCGAAGACAGAGGUAAAAUCCUUCCAGAGCAGAAAAGUCAUUCAAAAGAGUGUUUCUUGUGAGAAGACUGUUGUUGAAAGUGAAGUUAAGGGUUUCAAGGAUUUAGUGGCCACUUUAGGGCUUUGAGGUUCGAGAGGUCUCUUUAGAAGUCCAAGCGGUACUACUGAACAACUAAAACUACUAUAGUGGUCAAUAAGACACAGAGUAGUGGCUUCUAUAGAGGGGGUUUCGGUGGCCACUGUAGUAAUCGAGUUAGUGGCCACUUAAGUGAUUAAAAUCUAGUGGCACCUUCAGAAGUCUAAGGGCUACUACUAGAUCUCGAGAAACACUAUAGUGGCCACUAAGACGCAAAGUUGUGGCUUCUAUAAAGGUGGUUUUAGUGGCCACUGUAGUAAUCGAGUUAGUGGUCACUUAAGUGACAUAAAUUGAGUGAUAACUUAAGUGACUAGAUUCUAGUGGCACCUUCAGAAGUCUAAGUGCUACUAGUAGACCUCGAGAAACACUAUAGUGGCCACUAAGAUGCAAAGUAGUGGAGGUCGUUUUAGUGGCCACUUCAGUGUCCUUUCUUAGUAGCACUUGAGAAGUCACCCAAGUGGCCACUAGAGUUGUUCUUGUUAGGUUAAUAGAGAAUUCAAUAGGAAGGCCUAUUUCGUGAAUUUCUGUCACAGUAGAAUCUUGAUCAAGAAUAUUAUAAUGAAAAUAUAUCUUCUAUAACUUUUCAAGACAGAACAAAGGCUUCCUUUUUUCAGAAGAGCGGCUGAAAAAGUACAAAAAGUCGGUGGUGGACGCUCUAUCGCCUGACGGCCAAUUCAUCAUUUUCUCUUGCAAUUUCACAGAGUGGGUUCAAGAAAUUCCUCCUUUCCGUAGUUUCGGCGAGCGCCAGAGUGGUCCCUACAGGGGUUCGGGAAAAAAAAACUUCUGUAGGGGACCAAAAAGUGGCCGCUAUAGGGCUGAAAAGGAAGGGGAGCACUAAAAUUGCCACUGUAGGGGCCACUCUGGAGCUCCUGAGUAGUUUUGCUCUGAAUCCAGAAAUUUGAAAUUUUUCGCUUAAAGCAUUCUUACAGAUUUUUUUAGAUCAUGAUUUAAUUUAUUUGACUGUGGAACAUUGAAAAUUGGGAAGUUAUAGUCGUUUCAAAGCGUGAAAAAAAAAAUCAGAAACGGUGAAUUUCUGAAUUUUUAGAAGGUCCUUAAUUUGUUCACAAGGCUCUUGAGCAUUUCCUGAGCUCAGAUUCGAAAUUAGCAUGGAAAAGAACAGUUUAUGAACCUGGCCUCAUUCAAUAGCCUUUUUGUAAGCGGAGGCCAUUCCCUAGUAACUUGUCUCUGAACAAAAUCUAUCAAAAGUAAGUAGGAAACUUUAGGGAGGAGCUGAAGGGCCAGUUUUCGGAUACUCUGGUGUUCGACGCAGUUAUUCCGGCGACCCACUCAUUCUCCUUCGGCGGAAAGGACGGUGUCACAAGCACAGGCAUCGUUUUUCGCAAGAGAAACUGUUGA